AUUUUCCCAAUUUAACAGUAGAAAAUGAGAGCCAUUUUAAAAUUUUACCGAAAUUAAAGGCAACAGAAUUGUCACAUAACAAUCCAUAUAAAGAGGAGGUUGAUAUUGCAGGACAUUUUGAUGAGAAAAAUAACAGCAAUAGCGAUAAAACUAAGGAAAUCGCUUAUCCCAGCAGUGACUUUGAAACAACAAUAACACUAAACGAUCAGAAUAAAUUACAUACAUUUGAUACAGAAUAUCCCGAAGAAUUUACAAAAGAAACUGAUUUGCAAUCACUUUUAAUAAUGAUGACUAUUACUUCAAAUUACAGUGAACCAAAUAAUGACAAACAUUUUCACGAAAAUGAUAAUUACCAAGAUUUAAAAGAAAAUACAGAACUUCCUAACAGUUACAACAUACAAGAGAUCAUUGACGAUAACCUCUCAGAUAAAAACUCAAUUAGUGAUAUAUUAAAAAUAAAACCACUGAGUGAAAAUCGUGAGAUGAUUUUAUGUAAAAAAUAUUUACGAAAAUGGAAAUCCUACGUUAAGAUUAAAACAGAAAAUAUGAUUAACCGUCAGAGAAAACAAACUCUAAAUAUGUUUCUUGACAAAAUUAGUAAAGCAAAAAGAACUGUGAAUGAUACGGCAGAGCCUACACAUAAAGCAAAAGUUCACGUACGAGAUUAUAAUAGUUAUCAACACAGAUACAAGGUUCAAAGAAAUAUAAUUGCAUUACAAAAGGCUAAACUAGAGCAACAAAAUAAAUUGAUAGAAGAGCUCAAGUAUAACAAAAUAAUCGAAGCUUCCCGACAUUCUUUAGACACCAUGAAAGAAGAAGUUAGAAAAACUUAUUACGAAAUCGACAAACAUUUAAAACCCAAAAUCAAAUUGCUAACCAAUGAGCUUAAUAUUAAAGAAAUCGAAGAGCCGUCAUUAGUAUUACAAUGUCUAAAAGUGCCUCAAUUUUUACAAAGGAUGGAAGCUAGAGCCCGUAAACGAGAAGAAAAGCAUGCCAUAAUAAGGGAGAGAAGGAAACAAAUGGAAGAAGAAAAAAUAAGACUUAAACAGCAGGCAGAAUUAGAGAAGGUUGAAAUGGAUAAAGAAGAAAAACUGAAAAGAAUGAAGGAAUUGAAACAAAAACGUAAAAAAGAAAAGAUAGAAAAUAUAAGAAAAAAGCAACACGCAGAACGAUUAAGAGCUUUGACUGUAAUGGCUGACUUACAUUAUGAAAAAAGUUUAAUGUUGAAAUAUGGACUUCGGCCAUUUCAACUGUUAAUUCAAAUUAAGCAAGAAAAUAUUGAAAAAGCGCGUGCACAUUAUAAGUUCCAGUUAUUGAAAAAUGUUUUUUUGAAUUGGAUGUUUUAUACAGAAGAUAUGUGGUUUGAGAGAAAUUACAAAGCCGAAGAAUUUUAUAGAAAAACAAUUUUAAAACGAACUUUUAAUGCUUUAAAAGAGCAUCAUUAUGAAUACAUCUUAAAAAAGCAAGUUGCUGAGGACUAUUAUGAUCUAUACGUAACGCAGAUAACGUUUAGGAGGUUCCGUGAAUACGUCAAAAUCAUGAAAGAAGAGUUUACAAUGAAAUGGACAAAGGCGGUGAAUUAUCAUAAUUGUAACCUUCUAUUCAAGACGUUCACAUGCUGGCGGACAUUGCCGGCGCUAAAUGUUUUACAGCGUGAACAGGAAGCGAGGAAAUUGAAAUGGCGACAGAAAGUGUUACAAGUAGUACCUGAUUACAAACCACCGGACGAUUAAAUCUAUAAUAUUCUGAAUUGUAGGUAUAAGUAGUACUUAGUACAGGUUAAUGUCGAUGUGAUACCUACAUCGAUCAUCGAUGGUAAUAAGUAUUACCUACCCGCAUCUAUACACAUUACACAUAAUAAAAUUGUAGGCAACUCAAAACUAUACAUCGAAUAUUUUGAAGUGUUUUAGGCGCGUGCUUUAGGCGCGUUGAGAGUAAAAUUUAAAGGUCGCGUCCUGGCAAUACCAUCACGUCAUGGAGUAAGGCGACGAUUUUGCUAUCUUUGAAUCUUGCCAAAGAAGUUUCACUUCGGACACGUGUGCUCGGCACACACGCUCUUUUUUUUUUAAAGAAUAGGUACUUGGAUGGAUGGAUUUACUUCAAACUUAGUACAGAGAUAGCUUGAAACCUGAGAAAGUAGAGGUACACAGUAUCGGAAAUCCUACGGGAACGGGAACUAUGCGGGUUUUUCUACACGGGCGAAAUCGCUGGCGGAAAGCUAUGUACUUAAUAAACUUAUUAUAACAGUAUUUUUCAGAUAUAGUGAGUACGGGUAAGUCCGGACAUGGGGUAAGAACGUAAACAUCAAAAAUUCGGCGAAUAUGAGCAUAUUUAUUUACGGGGGCAAAAUUCUGUACGACUUCAUUUUGUUUUGCAUAGACCUUCAGGUUCUGGGCGUGACUCCGACGAGCCGCGCGCCUGUAAAGUGGAUUUCAAAAAAAAUCGUCAAAAAAUCAUUUUAGAGCGUAAAAGAUCGGAUAUAUUUUUUUUAUCGACCUAAUGCUAUAUUCAAUAGAAGUGCAUUUAAAAGCAUGUCCGAACUUACCCUGAAGAGUACUUUUUUACCAUAGUCAUAAAAAAAGUAAGUGUUGUUUUUAAACGCCUUUAAAUCAGAAACUGUUGAGUUUAUAAGAAUAAACUUAUUGUAGAGCAAAGCGAUGCUAAAUGAAUUGUCAUUUAUAUCAGUUUUAAGUAGUAAAUCUUGAACUAGUGCUGAGAAAAUCGGGCUUUUGCUAGAUUAUUUCAGUUCGUCUAAAAUCCGUCCGGUCUUACCCCAACUUAUUGUAGAGCAAAGCGAUGCUAAAUGAAUUGUCAUUUAUAUCAGUUUUAAGUAGUAAAUCUUGAACUAGUGCUGAGAAAAUCGGGCUUUUGCUAGAUUAUUUCAAUUCGUCUAAAAUCCGUCCGGUCUUACCCCGACUCACCUUAUAAUAAUUAUAUUACAUACCAAGCUUUGUGUGCGUGUGUGUUUUUAUUAAAUAAUUAAUUAAUAACGAAAGAAAAAUUAUAAUCCAUAUAAAUGGAGGAAUUUUAAUUUGGUGAAAGAUUUAAUUUGUU